AUGAUAUAACAGAAAACAUAUUUUUGCAAUCUAGAAGAGUUUCUAAGCUCUUCACCUUAAUCAUUUUAGUUUAUCCAUAUUAAUCUGGAGAAUCAAUCUAAUUAAGCUGGUGCAAUUAAUUCAUCAGACUUAAGUUCUGGUUUAGGAAAGUGCACCAAUCUUUCAAAUUUGACACUUUAUCUUGGUUCUAAAUAAAUUGGUGAUAAAGGUGCUUAAGGCAUAGGUUUUGGUUUAGGAAAGUGCACUAAUCUCUAAAAUUUGACACUUUAUCUUGGAUCUAAUUAAAUUGGCGCUAUUGGUGCUUCAGAUUUAGGUUCUCAUUUAGGAAAAUGUACUAAUCUCUCAAAUUUGACACUUAAUCUAAUAGGGAAUUAAAUUGGUGAUUAAGGUGUAUCAGGCUUAAGUUUUUGCUUAGGAAAGUUAUUUAACCUAUAAAAUUUGACACUUGAUCUUGGGUGUAAUCAAAUUGGUGAUGAAGGUAUAUUAGGCUUAAGUUCUGGUAUUGGAAAAUGUACUUAUCUCUCAAAUUUAACACUUUAUCUUGGGUCUAAUUACCUUGGUGAUGUAAGUGCAUCGAGCUUAGGUUCUGGGUUAGGAAAGUGCACUAAUCUCUCAAAUUUGACACUUAACCUAAGUGGAAAUUAAAUUGGUAAAAUUGGUGGAUCAAGCUUAAGUUCUGGUUUAGGAAAGUGCAUUAAUCUCUAAAAUCUGACACUUAAUUUAACUGGAAAUUAAAUUGGUGACGAAGGUGUGUCAAGCUUAGGUUCAGUUUUAGAAAAUUUCACUAAUCUCUCAAAUUUGACACUUAGUUUAAUCGGAAAUUAAAUUAGUGAUAUAGGUGCAUCAAUAUUAAGUUCUGGUUUAGGAAAAUGCACUAAUUUCUCUAAUUUAACACUUGAUCUAAGUUACAAUUAAAUUGGUGUUAUUAGUACAUCAGACUUAUGUUCCGUUUUAGAAAAGUGCACUAAUCUCUCAAAUUUGACACUUAACCUAAGUGGAAGCUAAAUUGGUGGCCAAGGUGCAUCGGGCUUAGGUUAUUGUUUAGGAAAGUGCACUCAUCUCUCAAAUUUGGUACUUGAUCUUGCAGAAAUUUAUAUGGGUGAUUAAGGUACAUUGGACUUAGUUUAAGGCUUAGGAAAGUGCACUAAUCUCUCAAAUUUGACACUUUAUCUUAGUGGAAAUUAAAUUGGUGAUGUAGCUGCCUCAGGCUUAGGUUAUAUCUUAGGAAAGUUCACUAAUCUCUCAAAUUUGAAACUUUAUCUAGAGGAAAACGAAAUCAACUAACCAUAGCAAUUGAAUUUAAAGUGUUUCAAGUUAAAAAGAUUAGUUGACUUAAAAAUAAAUUAUUGA